UUUGAACUCAGUGGGUUUGUCUUCUCUCUUUCUUUGGGUCCUAGAAGUAUAAACAGCAUCAAAUCCAGAAGGGUGUCCAAUAAGACGCUGUUAUCUGCAGGGCUUAUGUUCCAAAAUCACCACUCCCAUGGGUGCCUGAAACCCCAAAUAGUACCAAACCACAACUAGCAUUUUUGGACCACAAAUAUUUCUAGAUCUCCCAAUACGGUUAUAUGCUUCGCUUGGGCCAAAAGUUGACCUUCUGCUUGUUCUGAGGAAGUGACAAGUGGAAAGUUGAGAGAGGCUCAGUUUCUCCACCUCUGCAAGGCAGCAGGUGAUGAGCGGAUUAUUAUUGUUUGAACUGUGGCUUUUUUUCUAGAACAUCCUGGGAAAAAAUGAAGGAACGUCUAAAAAAGAAAUCAGUUAAUUGGUACAGUGAUGGUCCUCAGUGGAUGUCUAAUUUACCAGAAUGUCUGUGGAGCAUUCCUCUCUCUAACCUGUCACUGCCAGGGAGUCAUGAUGCUAUGACAUAUUGCUUGGAUAAAGAGUCAAAAGUAAGCGUAAAUGAAUCCAAGUUGCUGCAGUUUAUGGACAAGCAUAUGCAUCGCAUAGUGCACCCUAUUAUUUUGAAGUGGUCUAUAACACAGACACUGACUGUAUUAGAACAACUGGAUGCUGGAAUUAGGUAUUUUGAUUUUAGGAUUGCUCACAAACCUGAUGAUUCUUCCACGAACUUAUACUUUGUUCAUAUGGUAUAUACAACAGUUGUUGUAGAGGCUGUUCUGUGGGAUAUUUUACGCUGGUUGAAAAAUCAUCCCUGGGAAGUUGUCAUUCUUGCUUUCAGAAAUUUUGAUGGAUUGGAUGAGGAGCAUCACUGUCAUUUGAUCUCCUGUAUAAAGAAGAUCUUUGCCGGCAGACUCUGUCCUAGAAAUGUUGUACCUACCCUACGGAACCUAUGGUCUGGUGACUAUCAGGUUAUUGUGUCCUAUGAAGAAGUUUCACAAGUGACACGGCAUUGUGAGCUAUGGCCUGCAAUUCCAUACUGGUGGGGAGAUAAGACCACAGCAGAAAAGCUUAUCCAGUAUUUGGAGAGGAGGAAACAGAAUGGACGCCCAGCGGGAUUAUUUGUCGCAGGAAUCAACCUUACUGGAGAUCUAGGGUAUAUCCUAGCACAUCUACGUGGCUCUCUUAAGGAAAUGACCCUUAAAGCCCUUCCAUUUUUAAAUUUGUGGAUAAAAAAACAAUGCCCUGGAUCAAAGAAAGACUGCAUUAACAUCAUUGCUGGAGACUUUAUAGAAAAAAAUGAUUUUGUGAAGAAUGUGAUAGACCUGAAUAGAAAACUUUUGAAAUAGCACUGAUUCUCUUCACUUUUGUUGGGAAAAAAAGACACAUUGAGACUAAGGCCUAGCUCAAGCACGAGACAGAAGACAUAAGUAAUCUACCUACCUCAUGGGACUUUGUAAAUGUCACACAUGCAGUAAGGAUAUAUUUGAAAAUUGUUAGGGACAAACUGUUAAAGACUCUAUGAUGUUCUCUGAAGAUGUCUGUGAAAAAAACCUCAUACUUCGCAGUGAGAGUGGAAACUGUUCAAAAAUUUAAAGCCUUUAUGUAUGUUUGUUACAUUUCCAUAUCCUAAGGCCUGUUACAAAUCUGGUAGACGCGUGUGUGGUCUGUUCAUUUACUUUUGCCAAAUAUUGGUUGGCACUAUCAUCUCUUUGGGAAGGAAGAGUCUGGGUUUGUCUCCCCAUAAGAAGAUGACUGGCAUGGUCACAGUGAAGACCUACCAGCCCACUGAUAUGGCUACACGGUGACAGAAGCCACACGCAAAGCAGUGUUUCCCAGAUAGAUAUGACCCAGAAGGAGAGGUGUGCUAGUUUCUCAUUUCAUUUAGUUCAGGUUAAGUAUCCAUUUUUCUCCAAGUAUAUGUAGGAAUGGCAGUCCACUGUUUGCCUGUGUAUGCUGAAAUUUGCACCUGUAAAUGAGAAACCUUUAUUCAGACAGGUGUAAAUGUUACUCAUGAACAGCAAAAUAAAACAGAAGUUCUGGGGUUGAAUUUUACUUCUCCAGCUGAAUACUUAUGUUUCAAUGGUUGAAACUGUCAUUAUUAUUCUUUGCUAUUGUUCUGUGUCAGAAAUGCCCAUAGAAAAAGGACCUAAAAUGAACAAAUUACCACUGAAAAUUGACAAGAUAACUAGUGUUUUAUAGGGAUUCAAGAAGUUGAACACAGUAAAUUGCGUUUGCAAAAGAUAACCACAUUUUAUUGAAGAUGUUGAACCCAAGGAGAUGAUGAAAAGCUUAAAAACAACCUCUCUAAUCUGGGUCAACUGGGCACAGCAAGCUGAAUUAAUUUCAGUGGAAAAAAAGUGUAAUGUGAUAUACACAGUGGUGAUAAAACUCUUGUUUACAUAGACACCAAUAGGGAGUAAAAUGGCUCUGGUGAACUAGGAAAGGUUAGAUAUCCAAGAUAGGGUUAUUCUCUUCUUUUAAAACUAUGGACCACAAUAGCAAAAAUCUGUGCGGGGCUGGGAGUGACAGCACUGUAUUUAUCUUUGACAUUCAAUGAAAUUACGUGCAAAUAAUGUACUGCUUGAGCUUAACUAAAAAGGGGCAUCAUGAUUCUUAAUCCUAUUGACCCAUAUAACAAGAAUCACUAUGCUACAUUAUAGGAAAGGAUCUUAAGUAAUUUCUGUUGUGACUUUUCAAAUGUUAUCAGUUGUAUUUAAAUAGCAUAUAAGUGAUGUUCUGCGUUAAGAUGCCAUCUAGUGCUCUUUAGGUGUGUUUGCUUUCUUGUGGUAUAAUGACAAAAGAAUACUGCAUUACAUUACUGCAACAGAAUGAAAUCUAUUGGAAACGGACAUGGUGCUUCUUUUUCAAUCCUAAAUAAGAGUAUCCCACUCAGCAACAUAUGUUUCAGUAAGAAAUGACCAGAAAUCCUAAUAAAAAUGCAUAUAUUAAUGAUUUGGAAAACUGUGGAAAUACCUACAAAAAUGAUUUGGUAAUGGUUGUAUUGCAUACUGUUAAGUGUGAAAUGGAGGAUGUUUAAAAAUACAAGUACACCUGCUAAUGAAACACAUGUAUUCAUGAUCAUUACUUUAACAGAAAAAUUGGUACCAGCAGCUGAAAUAAUGUGGAAAUAAUAGGCCCUACACACAAAACAGUAGCAGUUGAAUAUAUUUCUGUAAGGCUUUUGUUCAAAAGUAAGUAAGAUAAAGCUUGCUCAAGUAAACAAAAACUUCAGGAACCUUCAACAGAUUGCUUCAAGGUUUCUUCCAAAGUGCAAAGAUAAUUUUUUCUUCCACCAGCCUUUAUGAUUUCACUUUUGGUGGCAAAACUUCCCAAUCUGUCCUCCUUAAACAACUAGGGUAGUGGGUGAAGGAAGCUUACCUCUGUUUUGGUGUUAAUGCAUAUUCAGCAAGGGAUUCUGGAAGCAGCUCGUGUUUACUUAACCCAGUGCUUCUCAGUUAUUUUCUGUCAUGCCCCCCCUAGGAAGAAGAAAACAUUUCGUGCCCCCCGCGCGACUGUAAAUAGUAUAAUUUGUCUAUAAAAUUGUUAUAAGUACACCUCUGCAUAACAGAGCUUCGCGCCUCCCCUGGGGGGCCCGCCCCACUAUUUGAGAAACACUGACUUAACCUGUUGUAGGCUGGCACACACAACUAUGGUAGAGUCCUGUUCCUUCCCAGUGCAAGGUUUAUUGCACUAUUGUCUGCAGAUGGAAUGCAACACUGAAAUAUGUGUUUCUCCAUCCUCCUCCCAAUGACAGCACUGCUAAAAACUUGCAGCUAGAUGUAGCAGGGGAAAUGGUAGCUAGGGAGGUGUAAAACAUUUUUGUAAUAAGGAGAUUCUUUGUCAAGAGGCUUUAUUAAGUGAGAUAUGCCUGUGCUGAACUGGAACUGGAGUCUACAUAUUUAUAGUAAAACCAUUUAAAUCAAUGGACUAGGUUAAUCUAAGUUUGUAUCUACUUGAAGUCUAAACCCUAAUUAUUGAUGUCGGGACAGAGUAAGUUGCCUUAUGCUGCUGACGCACCUAGCCUAGUACGAUCAAUUCUGGCUCCAAGUGACUUUUUAGCGUUUUGGGCAAAAUUCUUUCCUAGCCCUACCGGAAGAUCUCUAGGACAGUAUUAUUUGGCAAUCUCCCACUGAAGUACUAAUCCCUGCUUAGCUUCUAAAAUCAGACAAGAUCAGUGUGUUUGAACUGGUAGGUAGAAGACAACACUGACUAAAACCAAUACUGGCCAUCAGUAACUUUCUUUGACCUAAAUGAGAAUAUCACUUGCCAACUUAUGGUGAUUCCAUGAAUUUCAUAGGUUUUUCUUAUGCCAUGGAAUACUCAGAGGUGGUUUUGCCAGCUUGUUCCUAUGAAAUAUAGCCCACAGCACCUGCCAUUCAUUAGCACU